GAACCUGUCCCUGGCAGCAUGCAGUGGCUGCUGCUGUGGCCCUUGGUCCUGGGGUUCAGCUUCGCAGAGGAUACUCAAGUCUCCAGCGACUAUGAUGAUGGGGAUAGCAUUGGAGGGGGCCGCGAAGGCUCUUUGGGAUCCUCAGUCAGGUUCAAUGACACCAAGUCCCCAGUUCAGCUUCACCCACGUAGCUUCCCAGGCAAGUCCUGCACCAACAACAGUGACACACUGGAGCUCCCGGCCAGUUCCCAGGCACUGCUGCUGGGGUGGGCGUCCACCAGAUUCGUGCCAGUUCUCUACGGGCUAGUGGUGACUGUGGGGCUGCCUGCCAAUGGGCUGGCACUGUGGGUGCUGGCCACACGGGUGCCCCGCCUGCCAUCCACCGUGCUCCUCAUGAACCUGGCUGCCGCCGAUCUGCUGCUGGCCCUGGUGUUGCCACCUCGCCUGGCCUACCACCUGCGGGGCCAGCGCUGGCCCUUUGGGGAGGCGGCUUGCCGGGUGGCCACAGCUGCCCUCUAUGGCCACAUGUAUGGCUCAGCGCUGCUGCUGGCUGCGGUCAGCCUGGACCGCUACCUGGCCCUGGUGCAUCCUCUGCGUGCCCGGACACUGCGUGGCCAUCGCUUGACCACCGGGCUGUGUGCCACCGCCUGGCUCACGGCAGCCGCCCUGGCCUUGCCUUUGACUUUGCAGCGACAGACCUUCCGGCUGGCUGGCUCUGACCGUGUGUUAUGUCACGAUGUGCUGCCCCUGUCCACGCAGGCCUCAUACUGGCGACCAGCCUUCACCUGCCUGGCCAUCCUGGGCUGCUUCCUGCCUCUGCUGACCAUGGUCCUGUGCUACGGGGCCACUCUGCGAGCGCUGGCAGCCAGUGGCCGGCGCUAUGGCCAUGCACUCACGCUGACCGCCCUGGUGCUGGCCUCGGCCGUAGCCUUCUUCACACCCAGCAAUGCACUGCUGCUGUUGCACUAUUCGAACCCGAGCCCGGAGGUCUGGGGCGAUCUGUAUGGUGUCUACGUGCCCAGCCUGGCACUCAGCACCCUCAAUAGCUGCGUGGACCCGUUCCUGUAUUACUAUGCCUCCGAUGAGUUCGGGGACAAGGUGCAGGCUGUGCUGUGCCGCCAGCCAUCAGGCAGCAGCACCUCGAAAGCUUCUGGGGAGGCCAGAAGCCGAGGAACAGCCAUUUGUUCCUCUACACUUCUGUGACAGUGCCUGUGGUGCCUCAGAGGUUGGCUGUGGGGGAAAGGGGCAUACAGGGUGGAUAGGAUCCGCCAAAAGCUCACAUCCUUCCUGGACCCUCAGAACGUGACCUUAUUUGGAAAGUCAGUUGAUGGAACUGUUACUCAUCAGGUUGAAGUCAUGAUGGAGGAGGGCUGGUGGCCAGUGUCCUUGUAACAGGAGAGAUGGGUGUAGUGGCACAGGCUGUCACCCUCAGAGUCUCAAAAAUAUCAAAAGAAGACAAGACAUAGUGAUAGAGAACCAGAACAUGUGGCUACAGAAGCACAGAAGUUAUGGAACCACAAGUUAAGGGAUGCCAAGGGUGGUUGGGGUCACUGGAAGCCAGAAGUGGGCCUGGGGGUGGGUUCUUCUUAGCAUCAGAACGACCCAGCCAUGACCACCUUGACUUUGGAC